GGGAAAUGGUGAGAGGCGUGUUAUAUUGCAAUGUAAUGGAGUCCCUGUAUGUAUGUUCAUAUCAGCGAUGACUAGACAUCUCCGAAGCCGCUGUGUGCAGAGAUGCCUUGAAUGUGCUGCCAGCCCCUCUCGCUCAUCCUCAGCUCUGCUGUGCCUCAGACCAAGCCUCCCUUUAUUGUUCGCCUGCACGGAUUGGCCAGGAUACAUCCUAAUAAUGACUUCAUUCAGCCCCCUCCUGUCAUCUCUCUGUGAAUGAAGUCAACCAGCGAUCCUUGCAAGUAGAAAGAAAGCAGGAGAGGGGGGGGACAGCUCAAUCCAGCCUGGGUGCACCGGAUUAUUUGUAUUUCACCUGGUGACUGGGACCUGGAUCCUGUACCUUGAAAGGCUUGCCGUAUUGCUUCCGUAAAUGCACCAUCUACAAGCGGCAUCCAUAGGACUGCUGUGUACAGGGGCACUUGUUGGGGCGCAGCAGGUUAUAGAGGCUUUUUCUUCAUAUCUAGGGACCCACAAAAGCUGCCAAAACGCCUCGUGCAGUGCUCCGAGUGAAAAAUGGGGCGUCCAAGCUCCCGAAGCCCCCUUCCGAUCCGGGGAGCGCACCAAGCAUGUUCAUGGAGAGGUCACAGAGCCGGAUUAGUCUGUCUGCAUCCUUCGAGGCUCUGGCCAUCUACUUCCCCUGCAUGAACUCCUUUGAUGAAGACGAUGGGGAAGAUGGACGAAAGCUUAAAGGUGCUAUUCAGCGCAGUACUGAGACUGGACUUGCUGUUGAGAUGCCAAGUCGGACUGUACGCCAAGCAAGUCAUGAGUCCAUAGAAGACAGUAUGAACAGUUAUGGAUCCGAGGGAAAGCAGCGUACUGACCACCAACAACUCUGUCCCAGUGGGAGCGAGCAGGGAGCACCAGGCAUCAGUCAGUCCUUGGGGGACACAAUGGACCCCAGCUUGAACUACAGUGGGAUGUGCCUGGCGUCUGAUGGACAGUUUGGUGACUUUCUCUCUGGCAUGGGCCCGGCGCAGUUUGUUGGUCGUCAGACACUGGCAACCACAUCCAUGGGAGACGUUGAGGUUGGACUUUUGGAGAGGAAUGGACAACUUGAAGUAGAAAUUAUCCAGGCUCGAGGUCUGACAGCAAAAGCCGGUUCCAAAACACCACCAGCUGCUUACAUAAAGGUUUAUCUACUCGAGAAUGGACUGUGUGUUGCGAAGAAGAAGACAAAAAUUGCCCGCAAAUCAUUAGACCCAUUAUAUAAUCAGGUUCUUGUAUUUUCAGAGAGUCCACAAGGGAAAGUAUUACAGGUGAUGGUUUGGGGAAAUUAUGGAAGAAUGGAAAGAAAGCAUUUUAUGGGAGUUGCCAGAAUACUUCUAGAAGAGUUGGAUUUAUCAAGCAUGGUUAUUGGCUGGUACAAGUUGUUCCCAACCUCCUCAAUGGUUGAUCCAUCCACAGGUCCUCUCCUUCGUCAAGCUUCACAACUAUCCUUGGAAAGCAGUGUAGGACCAUGUUGUGAGAGAUCUUAAUAGUAAAGAAAAUGACUUCUUGACUUGGUUUUUUUUAUAACCCACUACCGAGGCUUUGUUUGGAUCUGUGACCUCAAACAUCUUGCAUGUUUGACCAAUUUUUUGGAAAGCUGAAAGCAACCAAACGACCUUCUGAGAGGAGAAAGUGUGGUUUCCCUUUGUGUAUGAGAGUAACCUUGGGUGACUAUCCUUGGUCUACAAUCGUACCAUUACCUCUGUUCACACGUUUGAUGUCUUGUAUAUUCCCGAACCCAAAGGGUGAGAAUUCAUAAAAGUUGCAGUAUCUUUUAUUCUAGAGAAAGGUAUUUUCCUAACUUUCUAUCAAGAACUUUUUAAACAUUCCUAGAACAAAGUACGUGGAACCUGGAAGAAGUGACUAUAAAUGGCUUAGAAAGAGCUGCAACUUUUUAUUGGGGAUAAUAUUUUAUUUAUUGUGUAACAAAAAUAUCUUUGUGAUUUGAAAACUGUGCCAAUCUACCAGGAAGUGUCUUUUACUACUUGGCCAAUGCAGUUGAUAAAUCAUUUUGAGAAUAAAAUAUAUUAAUUGAAUUAGAAUAGGUAAAGAAAUAGGCAGUAUAUAAAUAUAGAUAAUUUGAUCAGGGAAGCACUUUUUUUUUUCUUAAAGUGCUAGCAACCAAUAUAAAUUUAAGCCAUUGUAUACCAGCAUAUAGUUUCAUGACAUAGUUCAUCGUUUGCAAACUGUGUACAUUUUCAGCAUGAUUUUAGCGGUAUGAAAAAGAAAAACUGUAUUUAAAAAAAAUUCAUAUAUUUUGAACCGUCUUCUGCCGUAGCUCGUAAAACUGAGAGAAUACAAAGAGAACGGAAUGAUCUCAAGUUAAUCGCAUUUUUUUCCAUUUUAACCAUGUUAAUGGAUAGCAAAUAUUCAGAAGAUAUAUAUUUAAAAAUAUAUUUUGAAGCCGAAAUUUAGCAAAUGCGUUAGCAAACCGGAUUAAUAGAAACCAAUGCAAUUUCUCUCUAAAAAUCAUGGUAGCUUACCUUAUCAUUAGUGCAUAGAGGAAGCAUUGAAUCUUGCACGAUAUAAUUUUAAAAAGAUAAAAAACUACUAAUGUUUAGAACAUUCUGUAUUUUUUAUUAUGUUGAAUACGUGUUGCUGCUGGACCUAAUACCAAAAUAAUGACGGUCGGUGUUUUUGAGAGAAGGUAAUGAAUUCUAUUAUGAGAGUGUACAUAUAUUUCAGGUGAAUUUCAUUCAAUUGACUACAUAUUGUGUGUUUUAAUAUUUUUGUCAUGCGUACCGAGCACUUUUUUUGCAAUCAUAUGCGUAAAGAACCAUUUAGGUCAGCAUGUUGCAGUCCAUAGAGUGGAGGCACAAGCCAUUUUGUUCCACUUAUUCCAAAUACUUCUGUACAGUACGUGUCAAUAUCUUCUAUUUUUUUAAUACAGUUAUGCAUAACACAUGUAUCGAAUAUUGAAUUAAGAGGAACUGUGAAGGCCAACCCGUAGUCCACGAGCGAAUCAAUCUGUGCAAAUCUGGCAGUUUGCCUUCCAUUGGGAUGUAUUAUGGGAGUCAAUUUUGGAAAUGGAAGGGAAUGGUAGGGUGAUUGAUUUACCCAAUGUAUCCAAUUUCUUUGCUGGAUCUAUUUAAUGAGGUGGAUUGAUUCGCUCAUCUGGAUUAUUUUAAAGAGAUUGUCUUUAGAAAGGUUAUUUUUGUAAUGUAAUAAAAAAAAUAUAUGUGAAUUAAGAGGUUAAAAUUUAAGGAGUCUGUACUCCUUCAUAUGUAGAAGCAAUAUAUAUGUUCAGCUUUGGGUGUUAACAAGUCUAUUUAGGAUGGAAAAGACUUUCGAUCAAAUUUCGUUUAGAAUCAUUAGAGUCAAAUUUAACAUUUUGGCACAAGCAUGGUAUACUUUGCCCAUAUCAGUGCAAUAUCAGACAUUUGGUAAAAAUCUUAAGCGUAUUUUUUCAAUUUAUUUACCAAUACUACAUUGCUAUAAUGAUUUUGAUAUUGGCUACAAUAUUUGAGCUACAACAAUUCUCGAAACAUACAAUUGUUCUAUCACUACACAUGUAGAGGGACCAUAGCCAAAUUGGCCUUGUCGUGGCAAUUAUUUCUAAUAUUUCUAAAAGUGUGGGCAACCAAAAACAAUGACGACUCCAAUAUUUCUUAUUAAAUUUCAAUUAUCUUAACCGAUUUGAUACCUCAAAGCCAUGUACGUGUUUGCAUGUAGUGAACCACUGCUAUGUUAUUUAAGGAAAAUAAUGUCUUAUGUCAAAUAUAUUUUAAUGUAAAAUAGAUAUAUGUUGUUUUUUUGAAAAUGAACAAAUGCUUUAAAUGCUCUAGGCUUAAUCCCUUUAACAGUCAGAAAGAUUUUUUUUCAUGGUAUUCAAUGAAUAGCUACAGUAGCGGAUUGACAGCAAAUCAAUAAAUCGAUGGCAGCAGCAAAAUGGCCAUAGUCCUUGUUAAGUGAUAUGGAUCAACUACCAAAAUGAGGCAAGUCAAUUUCCCAGUUCCCUAGGGUUCUCUAAUUUACUACGUUUUAUCAUUAAGGACAUCCUUCAUGCUGUUCUCAUCUUCACAAAUUAAAGGGGUUAUCCAGGAAUCGAUAAACAGAGCUAAUUUAUUUCAAAAACAGCUCCCUUUCUGUCUCCAGGUUCAGUGUGGUAUUACAACUUGGCUCCAUUCACUUCAAUGGAACUGAGCUGCAAAACCACACCCAACCUGGAGACAGACAGGGAGCGUUUUUCUUAAAUAUAUUAGCUCUGUUUUUCGAUAACAAUAAUAUCUUUAGUCUAUAGUAAAACUUAAUUUUUCCAGUAAAAUCAUAAAACAGGGCUGUAUUUAGGGUGUAGCAUAAAAUAAAUGCUUGGUUGAAAAAGAAGUAUUAAAAUGCUAUCAACGUAUAGGUAGAAUUUUCUUCCCAUGGUUCUCUUCCCGGCAUGACCACCUUUAGGGAUCAUGGGUAUCCAUGUCACUUCUUUCCAAGUGCCAAAACAUCAAAGGCAGUUGCAGUAUUUAAAUAUAAAAUUAAAAAAAGUUGAGUAUUGUGAAGAUUGCUAUUGUUCUAAGAUUGGUUACCAGCAUAGGGUAUUGGGCAGACUAGAUGGGUAUUGGGCAAACUAGAUGGGCCAAAUGGUUCUCAUCUGCUGACACAUUCUAUGUUUCUAUAGGUGACCAUCAGAAAAUAAGACAUGUUAAUUCAUUUAGAGUUGACAAACAAUGGGGGGACUUUUAUAAGACUGGCCUUUCACACACAGUGUCAGCUGUGAGGCAAAAGCCUCUUAAUAAAUCUGGAGUAUCUAAGGUUCUCCACGGGGCCAACCUCCAUGCUAGCUUAGAUUUUAACUGAAAUGGAUAGUGUUUGGCGUGAAUAUUAGCAUUUCAAAUUUUUAUUGCGAAUUCACGAAUAUUGCGAAUAUAUUCUCUAUAUAUUAAAAAUUACGAAUAGUCACUUUUUUCCCACAUAUGCGCAUAUUCCUUCUUUUUACUUGUGGGUCUAUUAGAAUGAUGCAAAUACACUUGUCAGAGGUUAUCAACAACAUCCCUAGCAACCAAUAGUAAAGUGGCCCACCCCCUCACUGUUUUCUUCCUCGAAUACGCGAAUAUGCGAAUAUAACGAAUACGUGAAAUUCACGAAUAUAGGACGAAUAUUCAUCUAUCUAUUCGCGAAAUAUAGCGAAUUUGAAUAUGGCCAAUGCUGCUCAUCACUAGAAAUGGAUACCUGUUAGAAAGAAUAAAUUGUAGUAAACUUAGCGCAUGUGUGAGGAUGUGCCCCUUUGUGCUAAGCCACGCCCACUUUCCACUAAAUCCCACCCACUUUGUGAGUGCACAGUAAAGUAUAGAAACUUUUGAAGCCUAAAACCAAGGUUAAUGGAUUCUCGUUUCCUACCUGGGUCUACAAUAUUCCCCUUUUUUCGAAAUUUCCCCUUUUUCAAUUUUUUUGUGUUUUUUGUGUUGAGGGAGAUGUGCCAAAUCUAAAAUAUUAUUUUCAAAUGUAUAGUUUUGGUUCUUAUGAAAUUGAAAAACUGCAUUGCCGUCAGAGGGGACGGCGCAUGUCCUCACGGUCCUAGUGCCGAUUGAUUUUGGCGGCGCCCGCUGAACGUGGAAUCUCUCCAGGCGGAUAUUCUGUAAAUGUGAAUGGGCCAUUGCGGUGAAAUAUAUUACAUUGCACCCUUUAAGCUUAAUGAGAUCCUUCAGUUCAUGGUGGUGGUGAGUCCAGAAUGGUAGAUGCUCUUUUUAGUGGCCCUUUGCUCUAGAUUAGCCUCUUAUUGAGGCAAUUCAGUUUGGACUACCCCUUUAAAUGAGGGAUAUAUGCGGUAACAUACAUUUUUACCACAAUAUAUAAAAUAGAAUCAAAUGUCUUCUAGCAAAUCGCACACAGUUUUCUAACUUAUUUUUAGAAUUCAAUAACUGCUAUACCUAAACGCAAUGGAUUUGAGGUGUAGGUUGAACCUUUCGGACCCUAGUACAAACUUCACAGUUGUGCCCCAUGCAUAAGCAACCACGAUGACACAUGGUGCCAUAUAUUUUCGACGUCUCAGUGUAAAUAAUCUAUAUGCAACACCACAGUGGUCUCCAAACUGUGGACCUCAAGUU